GACGUUAUCUUCUAACAAGUCUAUCAGUCUCGUAGAAAACGAAUAGGUCUGCUUUCAAUUUAUAGUCUUCGAAAAUAAAAACAUUUUUUUUUUUUUUGCCACUCUAUUCGUUAGAUGUUCUGAAGUCUGACGAUCAAAAACGAAUACUAAUCAGUUUUUUCCCCUACUCCUGUUGAGGCAGCCGACUUUCGCGUUAAAGCAAGAGAAUGGUUCGAAUGUUUCUGGGAGGAGGAAGGGAGUGGUGAAAGCGCCAAGGACAGUAGAGAAGAGAAUUCUCGUCUGUAGCUUCUCAGUGCUCUGGAUGCUGAGAAUUUUUAUCGGGAAGGGUUGUUUAUUUUCGGUUGGAUUGCCCGCUUUCCACAGACGCUUUGUUAGUUAUCCACCCACACAAACUUUUUACUGCAGUGAAAUAUGGAGCAAACACCUCAACCAACUGUUGUGGUCAUGCCUGUAGCUCCCUUUGGACCCGACCCUAUGCAAAUAACGUGUGGAAACUGCCACAAAGCUAUUGUAACUACAACUGUCGCUUCUAAUGGUGCUUAUGCUUGGAUAGCAGCAUUAUUGGUUUGCAUGUUAUGCUGUGCUCUUUUCUGGGUACCUCUUUUUAGUGAUUCUUGUAAAGAUGUCCAACAUCAGUGUCCGUCAUGUGGAGCAUACCUUGGUGCUUACAAGAGAAUUUGAAUUCAACCAAAGUGAACAAAGUAUUCUUAUUGUGGAUUAUUUUUCGCUAUUUUAAAGAUUCAUAGUCCUCAUAUUCCUACCCCUGUUUUCAAAUAUUAAGGAAAAUGCUGAUAAAUAGUGUUUAUAAAGAGUUAUAGAAUUUUUGAGCUUCUUUUGGAACUACAUAUAAAUAAUAUGUGAUUUCUUGAAAACUAUAUAAAUGUGAAUUUGUACGAGUAAAUAUUUUUGCUUA